AUUUCUCGCAAGUAAGAGCUUGUGUUCCGUGUUUUUUGUGUUUUAAUUAAAUUAAAACGAAUUUUUCGGUUUUUGAUCUUUGAUUUUUUUUCAUGGAGUUCAACAUCAAUGAUUUUCCGUUAGAGGUGAUUGUGAAAAUUUUUACAUUUUUGUCUGAUCAUGAGUUGCAACGAUGCACACUUGUCUGUCGCAAAUGGUAUUACGCAGCGCGGCAUCCACACUUUUUCAAGAAACUCGUGUUACAAAGUAGCGAUCGCGAGCAUUACAGCUCAUUGAUAGAAACUUUCAAACGAACUGACAUUUUCCCGUUCAACCAUUUGUAUUUAGCGAGUCCCAGCUCCGAGUUGAAACAUGUGGUUGACUUUUGCAAGACUCGUUACGAAAGUUUUCGCCAUUUACAUAUCUGGAUCAACAGUUAUCGCGACCUCAAUGGGUUGGAAUCCUUCAAAAACGUCAUAACCUUGGAAAUUUCACCGCGCCUUCUUUUGCGAAGGGACAACGAAGUUUCCUUGAAUGAGGAUUUUCGCAUGUCACGCGUUCGAACUCUCAUCCUGAACGAGAAUCUCAUGAGUAUCGCACUUUGUUGCGGGUUAAUUGAUCGUUUCCCGAAUGUCGCUACGGUAGUGUUGAACUUUGAUCCGCACGGCGAUAGUUUGUCGGCGUUUCAAACUUUGUUGCCACGCCUAAAAAUGCUUGCGCAGGAAAGGCAAAAUGUCAAGUUUGUUUUCAACGAUUUGGAUCGCCCGAAGAAGAUUAACAGAAAUGCUGACGAGUUGAUAAAGUAUUUCAUCGCGAAUCCCAUGCCGAAUUUGAUUGUCAGGCGUUUGUGGUUGUGGUUACCGAGCUUGAAUGUGAAUUUACUUCCCGCAUUGACGAUGACUCAAAAAUGGAUCACAUGUUUGCCGAUUCAUGCGAGCGAUUAUUUGACAAACGAACUGUUGGCGGCGUUGGGAGUUAUGAUGCCACAAUUGGAGCAUAUUAGGAUAGAAGCGAUUCGGCGAUGGAGUGCGGAUAAUUUUUUGGAUGCUUUAGAAGCAUGUAGGCUGAUUUCGUCUAUUUACCUUUGCUUUGGAACUCUCAACCAAGAUGGCGUCAUCCAACUAACCUCUUCAAAGAAAGAUUUUUUCUUUCCUCACAUGAAAACUUUUGUCGUUCGAUAUACUUCGCUUCAAUUUGACCACAACUCCUUCAAUAAGGCUCUCCAAGGCUUUCCUUAUCUCACAGAGCUUGAAUUGCUCUCUUGUCAUACUGUCGACGACCAUAUCCUCCAAAUUAUCAUACGUAAUUGUCGUGGCUUGAAAAUCCUUAAACUCAUAGCUUGUGAAAUAAGUGACAGUGGCAUUGUUGGCGAAAUUAUCGAUGAUGCGGGAAAUAAUGGCUUACCGUUGAGCGUCUUAACUCACUUGGAAGUGCUUUCGUUGAGCAAAUGCAGUAGACUGACAAAUAUGUCGUUGUGUCACUCGUUCAAGUUUAAAAGCUUGAAGGGACUCGAUUUAACUGGCUGUGAUAAAAUUUCCGAGUUAGGUAUUGGACAAAUGACCAAAGAGUGUCCUUACAUCGAGAAACUCAAACUCGAUGGAUGCAAAAGUCUGACAAAUGAUGCGAUAGAUUUAAUCACGCGUAACCUGAAAUGCUUAAAAUUACUUUUUCUGAACCAAUGCCCACACUUGACUGAAAUCUGCUUGAGCGAAAUUGUUGAUCGAUGUAAAAAUAUUCAGCGUGUUGAGAUUGUAUUGCCGACAUUUCCGAAGAGUCGUCGCACGAUUCAUUACUUCAAAAUGGGCAUCUUUCACAUUAUGCAUUGCACGCGCGAAGGUCACCUGGCGUACACGCCGCCCGAGUACUGCGAGCAAUAUUUGAACUCGAGGGACUCGACAAUAAAUCGUUGGAGAUAUUAAGCGAUUGUGUAUGCGACGCUCUCUCUUUGUAUCCAAUUUAAAUGAUAUAUUAGGCCAAUAAAAGUAACAAUAAAUAUCAAAUGUGACUGUCAUCGUUAUUAGAAGGUCCUAAAAAGGUGUGCUGAGUCGACCCUUUUCUUCGGUGUGCCGCGUUUGCGGCAAAUGGCACAGGUUUUAUUUGUUACUAAAGUCAUCAAAAAAAUAUAUUUGACAAACACGCAUGAUUUGCUGAAAUUUAGUGAAGGUGUCUUGAUGAAUUGAUGAUUUUGUAAUUUUGUAUGGGAAGUGAUGUUUAAUCCUUUUUGAUGAAUUUUCUUUGAUGGCUUUUUACCUAUUGGGAUUUAAAUAAUUAUAAAAAUUUAAAAUUUUCAGAAAAUUGGUUAUAG